AUGCUGGGCACAAGAGACUGCACAGUGCGGGGAUCACCCAGAGCGCACUGCAUACUGCAGCCGAGAGAGCAGAGGAGGCUGCUUGGCCCUCAAGAAACCCCCAACGGAAAGCUGUCCUUCCCGAAGAGCACACGAGACGGUGGCAGUGAGCAGCAGAAGAAGCGGGCCUUCCUCCGGUCCACUUACCUCGGCGUGGGCGUCGGCCAGGGCGGGCCUUGUCCUGGGUGCAGCAGAUGCAGCGGUACCGCCCCUGGCAGCAGCCUGGACCUGGACCUCCGGAGCAAGGCGCACUCACUGCUGAGGCACCUGCCAAGGCCAGGGAGGAAGCUGCGCCCAGAGAGAAGCCUGAGCUGGGGAGACACACCUGCGGAACAUGAGCACCCUUUUCUGGGUGGCGGGCAGCAGCGGGGGCGUCUCCAACCUCGAGAUCUUCAAGCAGGGGAGAUCAAGCCCAAGCCGAUCAGCCACCCCCUGGGUGGGUUCUCCAUCACCUACAAGCCCGUCAAGCGUCAAGCAUCCGGCCCAUCCACGGCUCUCAUGUCACGCACCUAA